AUGUUCGAUGAAACGUACAGCUCGGAUCACAUAACACGUGGCGAGAAUGACACGAACCGCUACGAGCUUGGGCGCAUUGGCGAACAUUACGUGGUUAUGAACUACCCUUCUGCUGUCACCAGAGAUGAGAACCGAGCGACCAAGAUAGCCACCGAUAUGAAGAGCACAUUUAUGUCGAUUCGUUUUAUACUUCUGGUCGGAGUCGGUAGUGCUGCACCAUGCAUGACGAAUGAUAUCCGAUUAGGUGAUGUUGUAUUCGGUCUCGAAGUCCUUCCCUACAAACAGGGAGCAGUCGCGGACUCGGAGAACGGACCCUACGUUAGAUCCGGUGUGGCAAAGCAACCACCCGAAGAGCUUCGAGGGGCAAUAACUCUCUUAAAAACCGGGGAUCGGUCGAAUAUUCAACUGGAAGAAGUCACGGAUCAUCUCUCGUCACCGACCGAUGCCGCUCAGCGUCCUAGCCAAGACAACCUCUACCUGCCCGACUAUCCUUGCCGAGGGGAGGAAUGUGACUGCGGAAGGCCCCAGUUACACGACGCACGUUUAUUGAUGGAGCGCAAUUUUCGCAGACAUAUCAAUCAUAUCAUGAUACACGAGGGAGUCGUUGGGUCGGCCGAUCAGCCUAUGAGGAGCGUAACAAAGCGAAUUGAGUUAUCCCAACGUGAUAAAAUCAUCUGCUUUGAAACAGGGACAGCUGGAGUGAUGGAUAUAUGUCCCUGUCUGACAAUUCGUGGAAUCUCUGAUUACGCAGAUGGACACAAGAUCGUCGACUGGAAACCCUAUGCAUCACUUGUUGCAGCAAUAUGUGCCAGAAAGCUUUUGGGCCGCCUACAACUGCCUGAGGUAAGGGAGCUUGAUUUGCCAUCAAAGCCCAGUCAGGUAGCACGUUGGAUGCAAGGAGCUACCCACAAAGCUCAUAGUACCGCUAGUCGACUGCGCCGGUCAGAUUGUAAGCUUCGUGCUGCAGAGCAGAUUGUGAACGCAUUGCGUGAGCGACGGUAUAUUUUGGCCGAUAUCAUCGAUCUUGACCUUCUCAAAAUGGACAAAGAUUCAUUGAGAAAGGCAAUGGAAAGGGACCUUGGACAGAAUGACACGAAAGUCAUUUAUGAUCGCAUGAAAUCCCUCGAAGUCUUGCAGCUCGACCUGAUAAAAGGCCUUGACGCUUUGGAAAGACAGCUUCACAAACAGACUCGGAGGCGGCCCAUGCUACAUCACCGGGAAAGCGACGAUCCAAGGGAAUGGAAGAAGCUCAGAGAUCAACUGGAUGUUGAGCUAGCUCUGGCCGGGAAGCUGUCUGAGCGAAUUCACAAAUGUCUCUCAACAACGAGGCGUUUCCUCCCCCCCUGA